GAAAUUGGCGACUGCGUAAAACCCACUUCCAUUUUAGGUAUGGCAGAUGUAGAUGUGCUGGGUAUUUACCAUGUCCAGAGGACUAACCACCGAGUCGAGAUCGAAUUUGAGUGUCGUUGCGGUGCAACCAUCAAGGUUCUCCUCUUCUGGACUGGCCCGACAUUCACUCACACCACCUUGCCUGAGUCCCCUCAUCCGGUGGUUACUGUGUUUUGGGACGGCGAUUCUGUGACAGUCUCCGUCCAGCACUGUCAGGGAAGUGUCUGGUUGAGGUACGACAGGCCCUCGAACUUCGCUAGGAUUGACUUCUUCGAAGACGAAUAGUACGAUUGUAUUUUACAUGGGCGGGCUUGAAAGUUGUUUGUUGGGCCUGGACCCAAACUUGUUUCUUUUUUUCGGGUUUAAGAUUUUGUUUCGGAUUUAGAGUUAGACUAUUGGUCCUUUGUUAAAUAAUUCAACAUUAUUGAU